AUGCUUAAGCUGUGUGGACUUCUGCUUCUCAUUCACUCGGCUAUGUGGCUUAGUCUGGAGGGCCUGAGUAUGACUGGGCCUCUGAAGGACGUGGACUUCUCUGUUCAAGAAGGAGGGGGUCCACGCAUCCUUCACCAGUUCAAACUUGAGCCACCUGCUGUGAGUUUCAGAGCAUCUGGUGAAAAAGGUGGAAUUAUUGACAUUGAGCCGAGGACAGGCAUCCUGUAUAUCAAUGGGUCUCUGGACUGGGAGACCAAGCAAGUGCACAAGCUGCAGGUGGAAAGUCUGGAUGAGAGUGGACAGAGAGUUAAAGGUCCAUAUACUGUUACAAUAUAUGUGGAGGAUAUCAAUGACAACCCACCAGAAUUUAACCAGACAAAAUACUAUGGAGUAGUGAGGCAGAACUCUCGUCCAGGCAAGCCCUUCAUGUAUGUCCAUGCCACUGACCGUGAUGAUCCUACAACUCUCCAUGCACAGCUGUCUUACAGCAUUCUCCAUCAUUUUCCCAACCCUUACUCAGAAAUGCUUUUCCAGAUUGAUAAUGCAACUGGAGCAAUCUCACCAAGCAGGAAAGGCUCUUAUUACUUGGAUCCUCAAAAGCAGGACACCUUCAUACUUGUUGUCUCCGUGAAGGACAUGGCAGGGACGACACCGAAUGCUUUCACCAGCAGUGUUGAUGUGAUCAUCACUGUGAAGGAGAGCCUGUGGAAAGCUCCCCCCAUCAUCUACAUCAAAGAAAACUCAACCCAGGUCCACCCUGUCAACAUCAGCAAGGUGCAGUCAAAUGAACCAGGUGUAAUUUAUGGCAUUUUUGAAAAAGAAAAGCUGCCAAGGCUCCCAUUUUCCAUCAGUGAGAAUGGGGAUAUUUAUGUGACCCAACCACUGGACAGAGAAGAAAAGGAUACUUAUACAUUCUUUGUGGUGUCAAAAGAUAACACGGGAGAACUGGUGGACAAGCCUUUGCAAAUUCACAUUAUUGUGGAAGAUAUCAAUGAUAAUCCCCCUGUGUGCCAGCAGUUCCUCACCAUAAUUGAAGUUCAAGAAAAUGAAAAGGGAGGGAGUAAUAUUGGCACCGUGCUUGCUACGGACAUGGAUGAGAAGGACAGCCUUAACUCUCGUCUGCAUUUCCAAAUCCAAAGUCAGGAACCUGAAUUUCCCUCAAAUAAUCUCUUCUAUAUUCAGCAAGACACCGGGACUUUGCAAUUAACUGGCCGUUCCUUAAGCAAACGUGAUUCACCCAAGUAUUUCUUGAAGGUCCUGGUGACAGAUUCAAAAUUUGAAACAAUCUGUAAUGUGGAAGUACAUGUCAUCGACAUCAAUGAUCAAAUUCCCAUCUUUAAAAAUUCAGAUUAUGGCAGUGUGACUGUGGCAGAAGAUAUCCCAAUAGGAAGUGUGAUAUUAGAAAUUGAAGCAACUGAUGGAGAUGAGCCUACCACAGGGAGCUCCAUCAUCAUUUACCAAGUGAAGGAAGGUGAUCCAAACAACACGCUCAUCAUAGAAACAAACUUUGCAACAAAUCAAGGGCUCAUCAGGAUUAACAAGGCUCUUGAUUUUGAAACAAUGCCUGUGUACGACCUGGUGAUCAAUGCCACAAACCCCGAACCGCUGGUGGAAGGUGUGCAGUACAACUCAAGCUCUCUUACCAAGUUAAAAGUUUGGGUGACAAAUGUGGAUGAGCCACCUGUUUUCCGGAAGGCAGUUUAUGAAACAGAAGUGUCUGAAGACAUUCCUGUCAAUACCUUGGUGAUGACGGUGGAAGCCUAUGAUCCUGAAGGGGAUUCUGUACGAUACUCCUUGGAAGGUGAUGUGAGAAAAUGGCUGAGAAUUGAUUCAGCCACUGGGCAGGUAUAUACUGCUUCCCCUUUGGAUCGAGAAACAGAAGAAGUAUACUCAAUAGAGGUUGUUGUAUCAGAGCUAAAUAAUGCAGCUCAGAAAUCCAAAGUGUUCUUGGUUCUACACUUACGUGAUGUGAAUGACAACUACCCACAAAUAGCUACGGAUUAUCCUGCUUUCUUCUGCUACCCGGUCAGUGGAGGAGAGAGAACUCUCAUUCAAGCUACUGAUGCUGAUGAACAGUUUUUUUAUUCAAAAUUUACUUUUUCCCUUGCGGAUGAGCUGAAUGCAAGAAAUAAUUGGGAAAUCUCAAAAUUCAAUGCUACUCAUGCUUACCUGUCCCUGAAACAUGCAAACUUUGAAGAGAAGGUGUAUGAUGUUCCAAUAAUACUUAAUGACAAUGGAAAACCGCCUUUGGAAAACAAAGUGAAUCUUAAAGUAAGCAUGUGCAAGUGUUCCAGUGAAAAUUCAUGUUUUAUCGAAAUAGACCGUCAGCACUCCUGGCCAACCGUUGGGCAGGCAAUUGGGAUUCUACUCGCGGUGCUAAUCGUCAUUGGUGCCAUUUUAGCGGGUGUGUUUUGCCACAUGAGAUACAAAGAGAAAAAUGAAAAGAGCCAUCCCAAAGAUGCAAAAGAUAAUGCUGAACUCAACAGACUGACUUAA